ACCCGUGAACGUGAAAUGUGUGAACGAACGUGCGACAGCGGUCACCGCGAUGAAAGUAAUUCAUUUCGCAACAUUUUACCUGUUUUAAUUCUGCAACCAGGAAUGGUGAGUGCAAGUUACUGAGUAUGACUGAACUGUGCGCUCAAUUAAUCCUUUCACUCAACUAGAUCAAUUCUGGUACGUUAUGUUCUAAUGACUCAAUCAUGUCCAGAAAGUAUUUCGUGUCACAGUGGAUGAAUAUUCUCAUUCUUCUAACUCUCCUAUCAAGUUACUAUGAUUGUUCCGCGGAGAAGCUAUCCAAGUUAGAUGUCACAUCCUCAAAUAGCACUGCUGUGAACUCAGGAUCAGGUCACUUAUUUCCAAUUAAACAUGACAAAUUGGAGGUGAAUGAACUUCAUAAAAAACAUUCCAGCACCGUCGUCGCUCGGAAAGGUGUUAGUCUGUCAGACGAGGAGACUAGCUCAUCUUCGGAUUCAAGCUCUAAUUCAUCGUCUAAAAUUCAUUCAUCUGCAAGUGGGGUGGCCCAGAGUCCAGAAAAGAAAGUUCUCAAAUUAGAUAUUAGUGCAAAAAAUAUUAGUAAUGUGGUUAAUGAGACGAAGCCUGUUCCUGGAAAUGUGUCUUCAGUUUUCGGAAAAAAGAAUGUAACUGUAGCCUCCACUACUGCAGAACCUGUAACAAAACCACCUUUCACAUCUGAUGAUUAUUCAAUCGCUGAUUAUGAUGAAACAAAAAACUCGUAUUCUUCUAAUGCUAGUAGUUUCUUAACAACUUUUUCGCUGUGUGUCAUUAUUGUUUUUCUGAUCGUAUUGAGUAUCGUUCUAUUUCUUAGGCUGAAGUAUAAAUUCUCGGUCCAUCAAAAUUAUCGCCGAGUUGAUUACUUAAUCGACGGCAUGUAUCUGUGAUGGUUAAACCUCAUGAAUUUCACUUACAGCUCUUUCAAAAAGCUUUAAUCCGCUGACUCCAGGGCAAUUUGACUGAAUUGAAUUUCAGAAAUUCAAUGUAUGUUUUUAUUUAAGCAUUGCCUACUUAUUUGAUCAGACACUUUUGUUGACUUUUUAAUUCCAAAAGACUAAGUACUGCCGUGCUCUGUGGGAUGCAAUCACUGCCUGAACAAUAAUUGGGCAGUUUUCACUCGGGCUUUAACUCGAGGUGUACAAUUUUGGAAAAAAAAAAUUGCUCAAGAAAGCAUCCUAGAAAUGAACAAAUCUUAGGUGAAGCAAGUGAAAUAAGUGAUAGAAAAAAAAAAGGAACAAAAUUUGCUAGCUGUAGACAAUGGAAUUAAUUUCUUCCUAUUUCUACCAAUGUUAAUUAUUCUAUUGAUGACUGGGUAUGGGUUUAGAUGUAGACAUUCUGGUUAUGCCCUAAAGCUAGGGCAUGAGGACCGUGCAGGGAACCAGGGAGCCGCAGUUUCAGAGCGGCGGAACAUUUAAAGUACCACUGAGUAAAUGGCCACUAGUUACAAUAAUGCUAAUGUAUAAAUACAAUCAUAUCAAUGAUAUCGAACAUAACAAGGUCUUCAGUAGCAAUUUUUAGAAUUAAGUACUUUCCAAAAAAAAAAAAAACACUACGAUAAAUAAUUUGAAUUGUCAUUUGCAAUGUUGAAUCGUGUUAAUUAUUUACAACAUGUACGAUGAAAAUUGUACAUUUCUUUGUACAAAGAAGAAAUAAUUUAAUAAACAACAGAUAAGUGCAAUAGCUCUUAUAUUCAUCAUAUUUGCAUUACACAAAGAGAGAAAACGAGAAAACUAAUUUCGGUGUUUCGCCUGCAAGGUGACACUUUCUUGAACAUCGAGGAAAGCAUACUCAAAUAUCAAACGCCACAAAAUUUUAAAAUAAAAAAUCGUGUCCCUCUUCGUAGGCAAAACUACUCCCGGAGUAGGUAUGGGUUUUUUUUUUUUUUUUUUUUUUUUUUUUUUUUUUUUUUUUUUAAUUUUAUGGAUUUUCCACAGUUCUAACAGGUAUCCUUGUCAGACUUGCAUUUUUUUUUAUCAUUCCAAAGAAUAUUGAAACACCAAUAAGAACUUAUUUUCAAUCAGCUGUGAAAUACGAAUAUGAUAUUUUCAUGUCUCAAUGGUGUACAAAGCAUUUGGUGCUUAAUAUAUGAAAUACAUACUGGUGAAGAGAAAAUUUCCAUUGCUUUCAUAAAUAAUUGUUUAAUGUAUCUAUUUUUUAAUCCAAGUUUUCCAGUUUAGGUUCUUAAACUGUUAUUUGAAAAGUUUAACCUUCCCAUCUCUCACCUAACUCUUUUAUAUUGCCGGGUAUUCUUUUUUUAUUUUGUUACUCUAGUUUUUGCAAGUGAAGCUGCAGGCCUUCAUCUAUAGAAAACAAACUAUAAAGUGAAGGAAUUCCAUUUUUAUAUUUAUCUGGCCACUCUAUAUUUAUUGAAAGGCACUCCCUCUUUCAUGUUCCUUCGUAAGAAGUAGAAGUCUACUAAUCUUACUAGAUCUGAUCUCCUGAAUUACCUGGGUUGAAAUUUUUAAUACAUUGCAGCUUAUUUUUCUCGUUUCCUGUAAACAGACUCUCAUGACAAUUACUUAAGAGAGGAACUAAAUGCUGAACAUCAGGUUUUCUUCUCUUCCUCUUCACUCAAAAGGAUAGAAAGAGGAUGAAAAGUUGGUUUCAUCAGUAAUUUUUUUUGUCUCUGAAAGUGAUAGAACCUUGCAUUUACCUCAACUAUUGUAAGCUAUUUUUUAUUUUGGAAAUUCUUGAUUUCCAAAAAUGCAUUUAUUAUGCUAUUUUUUUUCCAUGAUUCUUGUUAAUCCUUUGACUGCUUUGAAUUGCAUAAAUUUUAUUCCUGGAAUUUAGAUUUUGUGCAAAAUAGACUGACAUUGGGAAAAGCAGUUGGUUCUAAAAAUGUCCUGUUUUCUACAGUAUUGGUAGAGAAAUAAUUAUCUACCCCUAAGAAUUGUUGGCAAAUCCAAAGGGCAUUUGAAAAUGCUGAAGCUUUGCCAGUGAGCUAACAUGGGCCUGGAACAUCAGUUGCUCAUCAAAAUUGUGUCAUGACGUAUGUAAAAUUUUAUUUGAAGCAAUCUAAAAUUUUUCCUUACUAGGUACAAGAUAUAAGUACAAAAACGUUGAUGGUAAUAAAAAAAAGGAAGAUUCCUCUUUGAAGGCUAUGAACUUACUGAAUUUUAUAAUUCAGUUUCAAAAUAUUUACUGUGUAACCAGGUAACCCAAUGCAUCUUCUCGAGCAUCUCUUUUUUUAAAGUUUUCUCCUGGAUGAGAAAAAUACAAGAAUUCUUCAAUAAUUCUUCCAUUUGCAAAGAAAUGAGAGUUCUUAGGUUGAAAAUUAAAUUUAUGAAAAGUGUGUUGAGAAAUACUAAACAAUUUUUACGCUUUUAAUAGCUUAUACAUGAAAAAUUUGAUAAAACUACUUUGAUUAAUUUUAUAUAUUUUAAAAUUAUUCCUUCUUUUUUUCUUUGAUAUUAAUAAGACUAGGUAGGUACUUUCAGUGUAAUUCUUGCGAUGACAGUUAAGUAGUGCUUAACAAGUAUGACCUAUAUUUAUUUGAAAAAAGAAAUACUUAAAAGUUAGGUAUUGACUCUCGCUAAACUAUGAUAGAAUUUCCCUUGAAGGCGGUAUUCUUCCGCAAGAAAUAAGAAUCAUUGGUAGCAACCACUUUUAGAAAAAGACUAUUCCUAAUGUUUGGUCUUUUCCUGUAAUGAGCUCUAAUGUUUAUUUUCAGGAAAUCUAUCGCAAAUAACUGCAAAUUUAAGUACAGAAAGGUUCUAUUCAAAAUGUUCAUUUCUGUCUCUAAAGAAUAACAACUUUUGACCUCAAAAACAGUAAUGUUUUAACUUUUAAGUUUAUUCUUCGUACCAUCAAGGUUUGUAACUUUUGAUAGUUGUGUACACUGUGAUUUUUGUUGAAAUCUCUUAACUUUAUUUUUCUACUAAUUUAUUGUGUUUUGAAAGACCUUAAUAGAAAAAAAAGAAGAAAAUGUGUCUAUAUCUGUCACUUUUUCUCUGUGAGUGUUUGUUAAUGUUAAUUAAAAUGUUUUAGUAAUGUA